UAUUGGUGUGAAUAACUUUGGUAGGCAAGUGGUGUCAACUUUUUUCUCCAGAAGAUAGGGGUCCAUCAUGCAAACCAAGGUUGCGGAUUUGUACAAAUAAAACAAGAAAAAAUUACAGAAGAUAGGGGUUGUCUUGUGUUCCAUUCCUCUCCUUCGUCUCUGCUCUUGUCCCGCCCUGCGAGCAUCAUGUUCCUCGGCCGCGCCGUCGCCUUCCGCCGCUGGACGUCGUUGGAGCUAAGCCGCCUGCGGCGUAGGAGCCCAAUCCCUCCCGUCGCAGCCUCUCUUCCCCCCACCGCCACCUCCUCCACCGUGGCGGUCGAUGUCACCAACGCGGCCGCGAGAUCCGGUCCUCCGCCGAUCCGAGUCUCCCUCACCGAGUCGGCUGGAAGGGGCGUGUUUGCGACGCGGAAAAUUGGAGCCGGCGAACUGAUCCACUCCGCCAAGCCCUUGGUUACCCACCCCUCUUCCUCUCUCCUCCGCAAAGUGUGUUAUUAUUGUCUAAGGAAGUUGGGGCAGGAAAGUUCUAGAUCCUGCUAUUUCUGCAGUGAGGAUUGCAGAGAGAAUUCCAAGGCUUUCUUCGAGGUGGAGAAGAGAACAGAUUGGUCAUUGUAUGAUGAUCACUGUAGGGUUCAAGGAUUGAAAUACCCUCUCAUGGUAAAGCGGCUUGCCUGUAUGAUUUUAUCAGGAGCAGUACCUGCAGACAGUCUUGACAUCCUUCAACCAGCCUGUUUACUUCCCGAGACACUUAAAGAGGUGGAAGAGGAAUUUGAAUUACUGAAGUACACAUUUAUGAAGGCAAAGUUUGAGGAUAAACAGAUGUCAUUUCUUACCAAACAAUGGUAUAUCAAUGUGCUUGCAAGAAUUCGUAUAAAUUCAUUCCGCAUUGAAUUGGUUGGAGGAUCAUAUGAGGAUCUGCUUACAUCAGCAGCUGCCUCAGUUGAAGCUGAUGCUGCUGUCGGGAAUGCUAUUUAUAUGCUUCCGUCUUUCUACAAUCAUGAUUGUGAUCCAAAUACACAUAUAUUAUGGAUAGAGAAUGCAAAUGCAAAAUUGAAGGCUCUCCAUGACAUCGAAGCAGGUGAGGAACUGCGGAUCUGCUAUAUUGAUGUUAGCAUGGGUUGUGAGGCUCGGCAGAAAAUUCUUGCUGAAGGUUUUGGUUUCAAGUGUAGCUGUCUUCGGUGCUUAUCUGGUGAAUAACAAGCAUUUUUCUUAUAUUUAAUAGGGAUGAUCCUACACUCUGUGCGCAUGCGUGGUGCAUGUGUGUGUGUGAGAGCGAGAUAGAUAGAUAGAUAGAUAGAUAGAGACUCGUCUCACAUGAAUCAACAAACUGAGAGGGCCCGGGUUUACUAUAAAGAUGGAAACCCCCCACAAGCCUAGCAAGGACCAGAGUUCCUUACUUUUGGUAGGAAAUUGAAGGGAGCUCGAUGCUGAGGGCUGGUGGGUGGCAUGGCCUACUGCAGGCAAGGUGGAGAGUAUCCUUAUCUGUGGCAGCAUCAGUUGGAGGCUGCAUCAAUCCAAGAGGAUUAAAAGUACUGAAGGCGGCUAACAGCAAAGCCCAGGACUCCUGAAGGUAACUAACAGCAAAUCCUAUUUCAGGGCAGCAGAUGGCCCUGCCUCCAUUUACACUAUGCUGUUGGAAGAGAUGCCAACUGGCAUUGAAACCAAAAAGACUGAUGCUCCCAAAUGGGCCUGAUACAAGCAUUUGAUGAACAACUGAUGGUUAUCUAUACACCAACUUGGGAGAUUACACAAGUGGAUAUCUCCUGACCACCUUGGCUUGAUAAGGUUGUCAUUAGUCAAAGUCUAUUCAAAAUCAGCUAUCAAAAAAUGCUCGCACCCAGGGAGCAGGUGAAGCCUUGAGAUGUGGAAUUUGCAAAUUUUGCCUGUCCAGGAAUGUAUGAACACGGCAGCAGUGAAGUUGCCAAUUCAGUUGUUUCAACCAUCAUGCAGGGAUCACUGGAUCAAACAGAACAUGCAUUUUCUUUAUCUCCAAUAGCAAUUUUUUGUUAAUGCUUCUCUGAAGCCUAGGACUCUUAACCAUUAUUGAUUCACUGCAAAUAAAGAGUCCUCCAUGUCCCAUAGGAACUUGACAUAUAGAUAUGUCUCGGUGCAGACGUCUCCUAAAUUGAGCUCCUCUGCCAUCCCUUAGGUGCCUUAAAGUUCCAUAAUAGAAAAUCUCCCCUUCUUUGUGCGCUGCCGGAAACAAAGACAUUUGAUUAGUGGCUGAGUUUGAACAGUUCAACAAGUAGGCUGCAAUGAUUGCAUCUCUGAAUGAUUCUAGCCCAACUUGCCAUCUGUUUAUUUAAUGUGCCAACAGUGGGUGGGUGUGCUGGGAAUUAUGCUUGCUGGAGUUCCAACCUCAGAUGCCGUGCGGCAAGUUUGUUCAAUGGAGCAUGAUCGAGGGACCGUCAAAAUAGAGGUGAAGGCGUGAACCUCCUUCGCAAACUGAUGCCAAAAUAUCCAAACCCAAGCUUGAGGAUGGCUGGGUGAAGAUUCCAACAAGGAUCUAGUGCGGAGAGGGGUGUGUACGUCUCAACAAAUUAGUCUUUAUACAGGCCUUGUUUGACUAUUAUUAAAUAGGAAUUCCAAUCCGGUUGUGAAAGAUCUUUAUCAAAACUGGAUUACUGAUAGGAAAUGAACUUUCAGUAAUGGUCCAUUAGGGUAAUAAACGUUCUAAGCAAUAACUCUUAAUUGUAUCCUAUGAAAUAAUUACUCAGUAGCAGCAGCAUAACUCUUUAAGUA